UUUUUGGAAUAUGUGAAGAUGCGAUUUCAGUGCAGAAAACCUAUUUAAUUAAAGAAAGUGAAAAUGUAGAAAAAGGUGCUGAUACUGUUAUUUCCUUAAUUCAUCACUACUUUGCUCAUCAUG